AUGGCGCCGCUUCCAGGUGCGUGCCAAGAGUGGUGUUGAUGUCGUCCAGUCUAUCACUCUGACGCACCUCUGCACUCCUGCAGAUCAAGUCGGCUCGCUUCUCUUUUGUCCUGCCUGUGGAAGUCUCUUGGACGUGCCUGCCGACGAGGAUGUGGUGCGCUGCACUCCCUGCGGAGGAGUGGUGGAUGCCAAAGUGUACGACAAUCUCUCCAUCGUCACCAAAUCCGCGCCCAACGCUUUUCCCUCGGCAUUGAGGCAAAAGCGGACGUUGGUGCAUAGUGUGGACCCAGCCGAGGCGGGCAAGAGGGCAGAGGAUGCUACGAUCAAGGAGAAAUGUCCAAAUUGCGGCAAUGAGGAGAUGAGGUUUCACACGCUGCAAAUGAGGAGCGCGGAUGAAGGAAGCACAAUUUUUUACACUUGUCCCAGAUGCGCUUACAAGUUCAGCCAGUGAGUCUGGAGUGAGGGAGCCGUACCGCGUAGGCUGCAAUGCUGACGUGCCCCUUUACUCCCUCAUCAUCCCCUUCACGUGCAGAAACAACUGA